AUGCUGAGAGAUAGAUGGGAACAAAUAGCAAAGAGUAAUAUUUGGGAGCUGACAGAUAAAGGUAGCAAGAUUCUUCCUGCAGCUUUAGAAGUGAGCUACUACUAUCUUCCUCCAUACUUAAAAAAGUGUUUUGCUUAUUGUUCAAUAUUCCCAAAAGGCUAUGAAUUUCAAAGAGAAGGGUUGGUCUUAAUAUGGAUGGCAGAAAAUCUUGUGAAGCAUUCUGAGGGGAAUAGAAGAAUGGAAGAAGUUGGCGAUGAGUAUUUCAAUGAUUUAGUAUCUGUGUCAUUUUUUCUAAAGUCCAAGACCAGGACAGAGCACAAUGAAGACAUUGCUAAGUUUGAGAAGAAGACACGUCACCUUGGAUAUGACACAAAACUCUUUCAUUGUGAUGACAAGAAAUCUAGUUACGAUUUUGAAGCUGCUCAUUUGCGAACUUUUUUAUCAAUUAGUGAAAGUGGUAUACGCAUUUCUAAGGAAGUAGUGCACAAUUUGCUGUUGCAGUUGAAAAGUUUGAGAGUUCUAGCUUUACCUUGUUAUGGUAUCACCGAAUUCCCUAGUUCGAUUGGUGAACUAAAACAUCUUCGCUACUUAGAUCUUUCUUAUAACGACAUUGUGAUGUUACCAGAUUCUGUUGCUGUGUUAUUCAAUUUACAAACAUUGAAGUUAGAAGGAUGUUAUCACCUUACAACUCUGCCUAAAGAUAUGCAUCAUCUCAUUAAUUUGAGGCAUCUUAUUUUGAGUAGUACAAUUGAUUUGGUAGAGAUGCCAACCAAGAUAAAUAAAUUAACGAAUCUCCAAACACUGACAACAUUUGUUGUGGGAAAGGAGAGUGGUGCUAAAGUAGAAGAGUUGGCAAAACUUCCAAGUCUACAUGGAGAACUUUACAUUAAGAAGUUAGAAAAUGUGGAAAUAGCAUCGGAUCAAGUCAAUGUACUGGAUAAGAAGCAGCUUGAGAAACUGAGUUUGGAAUGGAGUGGUAGAAGGAGUUUUGAUAAUGUUGUUGUUGAUCCAAAACAUGGAGAGAGUGUGCUUGAAAUGCUUUCACCUAACACAACGUUGAAGCAGAUUAAGAUUGUUUACUACCGAGGCACAAAAUUUCCAAAUUGGGUUGGGAAUGAUUCGUUUACCAACAUUGUCAAAGUAAGGCUUGAAGAUUGUAGCCGUUGCUCAAAUUUACCACCACUUGGGCAACUGCCUUUGCUGAAAGAUCUUUACAUUUCAGAAUUUUAUUCGGUAGUAAUGAUGGGUGCUGAGUUCUACGGGAAUAGUUAUGUGAAAAAGCCAUUUUCAUUAUUGGAGUUCUUAAGCUUCAAUCUAAUGUUAUCUUGGGAGCAAUGGGAUUCAAUGCAAACAGAAGAUGCAACAACAUACGGUAAACUCAAAACACUUGAGAUUAGUAAUUGUCCUAAGUUCAUCGGGAAUUUGCCUCGCUUCUUUCCUUCGUUAACAAAGCUUGACAUUAAUGGAACUAGUGAGCAGCUUGUUUUCAAUAACACAAGAUUACCAUGUGUUAGAGAAAUAAAAAUUAUGCAUUCAGAAAAUAUAGAGUCAAUGUAUGAUGCAAUAAAGCCAACGAAUCCUUCUUCUACUUCUACUGGAUGUUUGCGUACCACUACUCCCAAUCCAUUCUACCAACACCCUCCUCUUCAAUAUAUUUUUUUGCAUGAAUGUGGAUCAUCCUUUAGAUCCCUCCAUAUGGAUUUAUUUCCCAAUCUCAAAUCUCUUGUUCUUAGUGAAUGUUACUAUGUUGAAGCCCUCUCAAUGUCUGAUGGGCAAUGUCACGAACUAACAUUUCUAUCUUCUCUAGAAAUCAGGGAUUGUCAUAGGUUUGUAUCUUUUCCAAAUGGUGGACUUAUUGCUCCCAAACUGGCUUACUUUAGAAUCAUGUAUUGUCCUAACUUGAAGUGGUUGCCAGAGAAGAUGGCUUCCCUCUCAUCUUUGAAAACUUUGACAAUAAAAAAUUAUCCGUUGAUAGAGACUUUCCCUGAAGGUGGUCCACCCAUUAGUAUGUCUAGUCUUGAAAUAUCCUAUCGUAAAUUUUUGGUGAUGAAAUGGAAUGAGCAAACACUACCCCAUCUUAGGGAUGUUACAAUUCGUGGAGAGGGAGAAGAUAUUGAAUCAUUCCCGGAGGAAGGGCUACUACCUGCCACCAUUACUUCUCUUGAUAUCCACUUCUUUCAAGAACUUGAAAGCCUGGACAAAAAUGGGCUUGGUCAACUCAAAUUCUUGGAAGUACUUAAAAUCAGUUCUUGCCAUAAGUUGCACACAUUGUCAGAAGAAGGGUUUCCAACCUCCCUCAGAACUUUGAACAUAGACUGUUGUACUUUGCUAAAGGAAAAGUACGACCAGAAUGAGGAACACUGGAGCAAGAUUAGUCACAUCACAUACCCCACGUUACAUUUCGUUGAGCUUACAUUUACCAUUCAUAAUUUCCUAAUCAUCCAGACAACAACUCCGGUUGAUUUUAAUUCAGGUAUGUUCCAACUUAACCAUGCUUUCACCACUUAA